GUUGGCGUCGGAUGACUUACGCGACCGCUCGAGGUCGACCUCGUGGAUAUCCUCUCGUUCGUUUUGUCCCCUCUUCCGCGAUUCCCUCGAACCGGACGAUUCCUCUCCGCUCCCUUUUCUUCUCCUCCGUUCAAAAAAAAAAAAAAAGACGACGACGACGACGACGACGACGACGGGAGGGAUGAUAGAGCCAGCGGCGAUGGGCUCGGAGGUGGGGUUGGCGUUGCAGCUCUGCGCCAUGCGGACCGUCGGCGGCUUCGUGAAGGAUGCGGCGACGGAGAGCGCCAGCAGGGCGGCUAGGCUGGUGGAGUCCAUCAAGAUCUUGGAGGAGGAGAAGCGCAAGAUCGAAGCUUUCCAGCGCGAGCUCCCUCUCUGCAUGCAUCUCCUCGGCGAGGUGAUCGACGGAUUGAAGAAGGAGACGGAGCGAUGCGGCGGCGGGUGUUUCGGGCGUGUUCUCCAGGAGUUGUUACCCGUGGAGAGUAGAGUCGAGGAGGAUGGAGACGUAAAAGUAGACGACAAGAUGAACUGGAUGAGCUCCGCCCAGCUCUGGAGCGAUAACUACGGCGAGAACGACAUCAGUCACGAGAAUCACGAGGAGGGACGCAGGCAGGCGAAGGAGAACUUGUUCUUGGAAUGCAAGAGCCCCGGCGACGACGGCGCUUUCUUACCGUUUGAAGCGCUGUCGACGGUUUCUGCGAGCUCCGAGGAGAAGAAGCCUGCCGCCGCGUUGCCCGACCGCCGUGGCUGCGGUCGCGGCCCCAAAAGCGUCGGCAGAGCACCGGAGUCGUCUCCAGCUCCAGCGACGGUGUGCGGCCGCCUUGGCUUCCAGUCCCAGCAUCAGCCGUCGAGGAAGGCGAGGAGGUGUUGGUCGCAGGAGCUGCAUCGGCGGUUCACGCUCGCCAUCCAACAGCUCGGCGGUGCCCAAGGCGAGUGGCUUUUGCAGAAUUGUCCCCUUUUUCUCUUUGGUGGUGUCGAUCCAUCAUGUUCUACUUACUCCCCGAAUACACUAGUAUUCUUUGGCUUGGAUCCGAGUGUCGUGUUCGUUGAUGCAGUGGCUACUCCCAAGCAGAUACGGGAAGUGAUGAAGGUGGAGGGGCUCACAAACGAUGAGGUGAAAAGCCAUCUGCAGGUGGCUACCCAGUUCCUCCUCCUCGUGGAUUACUUACUGCUUCCUAAUCCUUGUCGUGAGAUGGCGUUUUCCGACGUUCUGCUCCUGCUAUUUCAGAAAUAUCGAUUGCACGCUGGAAAGCUGCCUAAUGCUUCUUCAGCCAUGGCGAGUCCACCGGGUGCGGUGGGAGGCUCAUCAUGCGUCCGGCUUCAGCAGCAAUGCAUCAGUCCUCCACAGCAGAGCGUUUCGCCUUCUGGUUCUCUCUCCACAGAGCCCUCUUCAGCUGGUUAGCUCUACCCGAGCCCCGUCGAUCGCUGCCGGAGAUAGAUAGCUUCGAGGAAGAUGGCAAACGAAGUAAUUUGAAGUGAGGCAUCCUUUAGGCGAAGAAGACACCGGCCUGCCGGCAUAUGGGGGAUGAGUACAUAACAUAGAGAGGUGGAAUUUUGCAGGUGAGCUCGUUUGACUCCUCGGUUCUCUUUUGCUUAAUUUUGGGGUUCGGACAAGGAAGGCAUCGAGUAGAGUGUUUAUUUUCUUUUCUGAUGAAGAUUUCGAUCGUCAUCAUCAAAAAAGAAAGAUCACCAGAAAUAUAUGAAUGAAUACUGCUGGAAUGGAAUUCAUCUCGUCAUUUAUUAUUA